CCGUUUUCUUUGGUGGUUGUUCUGAAGCUUCAGCCUGACUAGCGCGAGCGCCAUGGCCUUCCUUACGGGGGUGGAUCUGGAGGGCCGGCUGCAGGACCAUCAGCAGCUGGCACUGCCUGCCCCAAGGCGGCGCCGGCGAAAAGCGGAGGAGGGGAAGGGCAAGCCGCUGGCCAUCGAGAAGCCGGUGGAGUACAGCGACUUGCUGCGGGAUGCGAUGGCACUGGAGAAUGACGACUCUCUGGAGGAGCUGAGGCGGAUGAUCAAGCGCACUCGGGGCAAGAUGGACACGGAGAUGAAGGUUAUGGACGGCUUCCUCUCGGAGGUGAACCACAUCAAAACCAUGCAGAGGAGUUUCGAAGAGCCCAUGGCAGCGCUCCCUUCUUGCGGCAGCAAGUUCGCGCUGAAGGAUCUGAAGGCAAGUGCUCCGGAGAGACCUGCUCUGCAGACCAGCUCCUCGGCACUGGCGCUGGAGAGCCGGCGCCUGCCCAAGCGCUCCGGCUCGAUGGCGCACUCGCAGUCCCAGCCAGCGUUGGGUCAGGCAGCACUCCUGGCGCUGCGUGCUGCGCCGCCCUUGGUGCCGCCCGCCAGGCGCACCCCGCCGAACAGCUCCAAGGUGCGUCUCCGCUCGGUCCCUGCGCGAGGCUGAGAGACAACUUGGACAUGAGCAGAGCGGCACUUUUGCUUUCCUCCACCAAGGGGGCAACGUGUUACUUCAA